AGCCCAUUCCUUGUGCUAACGUUAGCUGUGCUAGUCAAUAUCACUCGCAUUGCUAAAUACAUUACAAUAUGCUGCCUUGUUAUGUGGUAAGAGACUAGUUUAGCAUACAAGUUUUUUUCAUUUCCUUUUCAUCCCGGCUUUGCACUGAGUGACUGCUGAUAAGAAAAAACUAAUUUAAAACAACGGUGCUGCUGUUAAGCUAACGAGCAAUAGCUAGAGUAAAGCUUGCACCACCAAGCAGAGACACUCCAAGAUGGACGAAGCUGCUGCCGCGACGACCAGAGAGGACAGAGCUGAAAGCAAACCCUGCAAUGAAGACACGACAUCUGAAAACAACGUCAGUCCAUCGGCUGAGGACACCGUUGAGGACACCGCUGACAGGGUUGGGGUUUUCUGCUGUCGGGAUUGUGGAGAAGUCUUCAGAGAGGAGGCAGCAUACUUGGAGCAUCGGCAUCAGCACCCGCAAGAAAGCGUGUAUUUAGACAACCAGUUAGAUGGUUUACAUGAUGCAGAAAAGGACAAUGAAACAGCUAAUUUCUGUAAUUUAUGUUCACUAUCAUUUGUUGAACCAAGUGAGUUCCACUCACAUAUGGAGAAGAGCCAUGGUCAAACCUCCCAAAAGGAGUCUAGUAUUCAAAUACCUUCUGGGAUAACAAAGCAACACACCUAUGAAUGUCCAGACUGUGGGAAAUGUUACUGUGUGAUCGGACACUUUCUCAACCAUCAGCGCUCACACCGACAAGCCUCCAAAUCUCUUUUUCAUGACCUUGAACAUUUGAAAAAGAAGUCGUUUCAGUGCGAGUCUUGUGGGCGCAAUUAUUCCCGCGCUUCAGCUCUCGAUGCACACCGUCGUUGUCAUGAGGAAAAUUUAGUAAAGUCACAAAACAGGAGUUCAGGAAAUGCAUUUCACACGGAGGAGCCAACAGUUGAAGCCAAGCCCAGUAAAAACCAGACAGAUGAUACUCCUGAAAAAUCUUUUAAGUGUUCAUGUGGUAAAGCUUUUACUGCUCUGAUGCGCCUUAAAACACAUCAACGAUUUAGCCGCAACAGUCAGUGCUCUCCAGAAGAAAUGAAAGAAAAACCAAAGAAAAGCUGCAAUGAGUUUUACUGUAGUGAGUGUAAAAAGGCUUUCAAUAGCCAUAUUGCCCUCUUCAACCAUCAGCGAUGGCAUGCUAAUCAUUCAAAUGAUUCUGCGAAAAGGUUCCCAUGUGAGGAAUGUGGAAAAGUAUUUAUGACUCUAACCUUUUACUACAGGCAUCAGCGCACGGCGCACAGUGAUGAGACCCCAGCAAAAUCCUUUCUUCAUCAAGUGUGUCAGCUACAGAAGAAGGCAUUUGAAUGUAAAGAUUGUGGACUUAAAUUUUCCAGGGCUUCAGCACUUCACUCCCAUCAGCUUCAUCACACGGAUGUUUUUAGAGAAACAGAGAAGGAGGCUCAGAUGCGUACCUCUCUGUUACCUCAACAGGAAACUUUGGAAAGCGAAAGAAAAGAGACGGAGCAGGAAGAAGUGGACUCCGAGAAUGUGCUUCCUACCAGUAUGGCUGAAGAAGACUUGCAUGUAAAUGAGACUGAUGAAGACGGGGACAGUUAUGAACCCGGGGACUUUAAUGUACAGGUGAUCAGUGCAAGUGAAUCUGAGGACGAGCCCGUCCAAGACCAGAAUCCUGAUCUUGAACUGCUGUGUGAAUCGGAUCAGGAAGUAAGAGAUGAUGGCGAUGCCGGAGUUUCCCCCAGUAGCCUUGUUUCAAAACCAGAGAUGGAUUUGAAAAUUGUAGAAAUUGACUUUGAGCAAACUGACGAGCAGUGUGCACUGGUAGCGAGAGAAGCGGAGAAUAAAACGACAGAGGAAAGAUUUGAUUGUCCAGAGUGUUACCGUUGGUUUUCUAGUGCUUCAUCACUGCGCGUUCACAGAAUGUGGCAUGGCGUUCGUAAGCGAAGACAGCAGACUCAAGGUCAGUCAGUGGCAGUUCUUACAUGUGACACAUGUGGCCAUGAAGCCAGUAGCUAUGCAGCACACUGCAGUCACAUUCAUCAACACAAGAAGCAAAACACAAGUGCUGAUGAUGAGGCAGAGGGAUUAGAGAAGAAAAAUCUGGCAUGCAAUGAGUGUGGUAAAUGCUUCUCACGUUUGUCUGCUUUAGUCUCUCAUCAGCUGCACCAUCCCAAAAGAAAACAGUUUCAAUGUCCAGAUUGCAUGAUGUCUUAUUUGCAUGCAGCAAGCCUGUUUAACCAUAUGAAAAACUGCUCCGCACAAAAAAAGGAGAACAUUUCAGUCACUAAGAAAGAAUACAAUCCAAACAAAACCCUUCUCGGCCCAAAGAUUUAUCAUUGUGAACAAUGCGGGAAGGGUUUUUGGUCUCUAGGAGCUUACUCCCACCACAAGCAAAGUCAGUCUCGGUGUACAGAUUUGAGGCUAAGAAAAGGUGUCACAGGAUCUUUGCACUCCGUUAAUGGACACCCACGCUCCAAGGUUGCAUGUCCAGUGUGUGGUAGAAAGUUCCGUCACAAGCGCAUUAUGGCAUUGCACAUGCGAAAACAUGAAAAUGGAAAUCACAAAUGUGAACUCUGCAACAGGUCGUUCCGCCUUUUCUCCAGCCUUCUGAGACACCAGGUUGUGCAUAAUGACCAGUUACUCCCACCGCCCAUUAAGUCUUUUCAGCAUCAGGUAGAACAGUUGAAAAAGAACACAUACAGCUGUCCUGACUGCGGGAAGCUGUUUUCACGGGCCAAAGCACUUCAGUUUCACAUGAAAAGCCAUGGGUACGAGACUGGGCACUCGCCAUCAUCGCCAAGAUCUCCUGUCACGCUGGAGGAUCGGCAGUGUGCAACAUGCCUUGCACAUUUCAACAACAAGGCCUCUUUGAGGGCUCAUCAAAAACUUUGCAUUAAGAGAGAAAAUCAAGUAGUUGAUUUUAAGACAGAACCGUCAGAAAACUAUGAUAUUCUAACAUUGCACAAGGAUAGUUUGGAGGUCACACAGGAAAGCUCUGAGCAAAUAACGGUACAUACUGAAGUAAAGAACGAAAUGGACAAUGGGGAGCCAAAGAUGGAAAUUCAAACAGAUGAAGGCAAUUUAGAAAACCCAAGUACAACCAAUUUGAAAUACAAGUGCAAAAAGUGUGACCGAAGCUUUUCAGUAGUUGGGGCUUUGAAUUUUCAUAAAAGAAUUCAUGCUGAUGGUUACAAAUCUGUACCAAAAGCAAAACUGGCCAUGUCUGUAAUGCUUAAAAAACCUAAACAGGAAGAUCCAAGUAAAGGACAAUUUCACUGCUUAGAAUGUGGGAGGCGAUUUAUGUCCAACUCGGCCCUCGGCUCCCACAAAAGAUGGCACAAAGAAAAGAAAUUUUCACGGGCCUUGCUAAAAGAUGAUGAUUUGAAAUCUGCGAGCCACAAGACAGAGGGUGGACCUUUUCAGUGCCACAAAUGUUGCAAACAGUUUUUUAACCAUUGUGUUCUCCAGCGCCAUCAGAUGUUUAAUCCUCAGUGUCGAACCAAAACUGAGCCAGAGCCUGAUUCACUCAAAAGUGUCGAAAGCAACAGCACACUGGAAAAUGAUGAGUUUUCAUGUCCAGAAUGUAACAAAACGUUUGAGCAAGGUUCACUUCUAGCUGCCCACUAUGACAGUGAGCACAGUAACUCUGUUGAAGCUGCAGAUCAUCAAGGAGACGGGCUCGCCUUGGUUGACCAAGUCCCAGAACAAGUUGAUGUCAACUUGAAUGGGAGUGAGUCCAUGUCAACCACACUGAAGCCAAAGGCUCACCAGUGUCCCCUCUGUCCUAUGACCUUUGCUAAAGCAAGAGGUCUGCGAGCCCACAAAUGGCAGGCCCACUCGAAGAGGACAAAGCGUAAAAAUAAGAUUCUUUUGAGGUUAAAAAUGGAGUCCAUUGCCUCAAGCAGUGAAGUCAAACAGACCGAAGACAACACUACAGUGAAAAAUAGCCCUGUUGGCAGAGGAAAGAAGAAAAUCAGAUCUGACCCUCCACUUGUGAAAUUUGUCUUGUGCCUUGAGUGUGGGAAGCAGUGCAGUUCUACGCGCGCCCUCCUUGACCAUAAGAAAGUGUGCGUGGAGAUCAAGCACGAGUCUAAACAGGAGGUCCAAUCUCCUGCAACCAUGGCUGAGGUUUCCCCACCUCUUAGCCGUCUGUCAGAGCAUACAGCCAAAUGCCUCUUCAAGUGUGAUAAGUGUGGUAAAGCUUUCCAAACAGAGGAACAAUUGGGAACCCAUAAGACCAAGGCAAAGAGCCGGCCUUACUGCUGCGCUCUGUGCUGCCACGGCUUUUGGACUGAGAAUCAGCUGCAACAACACCUCACCUGGCACGAUGAAGUCCGCUGUCGUCUCCCCAACGAGGUUCGCUAUAGGCUCAGCGCUGCUAUGCCCUCAAAGCCUCUCAAACCUAAUAUCCCCUCUGCUGACAUGAGAGGGACGUCCUUUCCAUCCUGUACACUUAACCCAGACAGCCAGUCACAAAGUAGCCAUAAGUGCCAACAUUGUGGCAAAGCCUUUCUUUCACCAACUGCAUUACAAAAACACGAAACUCAGCACUGCAACAAUGACUCGUACCAUUGCUCUAUUUGCCCCAGGACCUUUAGUGAAAUACAGGACCUUAUCGAUCAUCACCAGGAAUGUAUCGGUGAUUACAAAAGGCACAGUGAUGCCCCCGCUGCGGUCUCAUCAGGAGAUACUAAUGGCCUUACUUGCCUUGAAUGUGGAACUACUUUUUGUCAAGAAACCGAUUUGCACCAGCACUAUAUUGAACAUGCCAGUAGAGUGUAUUAGACAACCUGAAAAGGACUGAAGUGAAGACGCUGUAGAUUGUUGAUUUUUGUUUCUUUUGAAGGUUGCCGAACAACUUUAAGCUACAUAAUUCCUUGUUAGAAAUGUGUUUAGGCUAAGUAGAACAUGCUUUCCCUAGUUGUCUCUAUAUUAUUUGAGAUUCUUUAUAUUUAAAACAGUGUUUUCCUAUUCUCAGGCUUUCCUUUACACUGGAUUAGUAUAUGUACACAUGUUUAGGAACAACCCCUUUUUAUCAACUUAUGUUGUGAUGUCAAAUAUAUAGUUUUGAUCCACAAUUUUUGAAAAAAACAA